AUGCACUUCACCAACGUCUUCGUCCAGGCCCUGCUUGCCGGCUCCGCCGUUGCAGCUCCCGCUUCUCUCGCCAGCAAGCGUCAACUUCAGCCCAUCCAGGCUGCCUUGACCAACGUUCAGGACUCUCUUACCGGGCUCGACACCGCUGUCAAGGCUCUCAACGCCGCGGAUCCCAACACCGCCGCCAACCUGCUUGAUGCUUCCAACAAGGUCCAGACCUCGCUGAAGCAAGGUACCACGCAGAUUCAGGGCGCCCAGGAGCUUUCCCUCACCGAUGCCCUCACCCUCCAGCAGUCAGCCGGUGGCUUGACCACCGCUGUCCAGACCUCCGUUGAUGACUUGGUCGCCAAGAAGCCGGAGCUUGACAAGCUUGGCGCCACCUCCAUCGCCGUUGACCAGCUCAAGCAGCAGAAGGCGACUGCCGGUGACUUCAGCAGUGCCAUCGUUUCCAAGGUCCCCGCGAUCGGCCAGGGUAUUGCUCAGCAGUCUGUUGACCAGGUUACUCAGUCUCUGGACGGUGGUAUUCAGAAGCUCGGCGGUGAUGCCGCCGGUGGUGCCGCCGGUGGUGCCGCGCCUGCUGCCCCCGCUGCCCCUGCCGCUCCCGCCGCCCCUGCUGGCGCACAAGAGCAAUUCCACGCUGAGGUCAUGGCCUAA